AUGGCUCCGCUCGCAAACUUGUUGGUCGUCGCGGCCAUUCUCGCCGCCCCAGCUUUGGCUGCUGUUGCCUCUCCAAACCUCGCUGUCCGCCAGUACCAAGACCCAAACUCGGAACUCGUCAUCAACAACCCUGCCUGCGACUUCUACCAGUGCAUCAUCUACUGGGUGCCCGGCACGCAGGUUGCCGUCAACUGGGUCAACCCGCCCUCGAGCGGUGAUGUGCAGAUCGAUCUCAUGACCAACAACGACACGGAUGUCGUCUACAAUGUCGGCACUGCUCCUUCCAUAUCCAACACCUGCGAUGCCGGCGCCGGGUUCGGCCAGCCUGGUCCCAACGGUGCUCAGUGCGGUGGGUUUGUCUUCACCGUUCCCAGCUCGUGGAAUGCUGGCAACUACUCGUCGCUGCGUGCCAUGUCGAUGGCCAAUCAGGAGGUGCGGUCUUACACCGACAAGAUCUACAUUACGCACAACAGCAGCACCUCCAACAACGUUGCGCUUUCCAUCGUCAGUGGGUCGACUGUAGGCGGCGGCUCGGCUAGCUCUACCGCUGCCUCGUCGUCGACGAGUACCGCAGGCGCAGGUGCGACCACGGCCAAGUCUUCCGGAAGUGCAUCUGCUACCAGCACUGGUGCUUCUGCAUCCCGAUCCAGCAGCACGGCAAGCAGAACCAGCUCGGGAAGCGGUGCUUCUUCCACCGGCUCUCCCAACAGCGGCGCUCUCGCUGGUGUUAGUGCUAGCAGUGCUGCUUUCUCCCUCGCUGCUGUCUUGACUGUUGGUCUUGGCACCCUGCUCUAA